UAGCAGGAAUUCGUAUUCCCCUGGUAGCAGUCACACAGGUCAAAACACAAUUGUCAUUCAAAAACUUUUUUAAUUACUCCGAAAAUAAAGCCAAGAAAUGGAUGAUAGUUGGUGGGCGACCAAUCUUAAGGCUUUGAAAUCGAAAGCCAAGCGCCUUGAGGCGCUGACAAGGAUGAACACGGCGGUCAGCAAGCAUUCGGCCCUUCCGCGCCAAAUAAUCAGACGUCUGAUGGCCACAUCCGAACUGUACGAAUGUGCCACGGUGGAUGACACCAAGGAUCCUUCCGUAGAUGUGGCCGUGGAGUUGCUGGGCCACUGCGUGCACCAACUCCCGGUGGACACCGCUGACGACCAACUGCCCGGUCUUCUGGGUCGCAGCCUGUCCCAUCCAAAUCCCGCCCUGCGUUUCGUGGUGCUAAACAGUUUGCUGAAGGAACUGCGUCGCCAGCUUAAUGCCGGGCAGCUGCACACGCUGCCAGACAACGAGCUGGUCCUUCUCAUCCUGGACGAAUUGAAGCAACCAGAAACGGAGGGCAGCUCCAUCGCCAUCGCUAUUCUGUCCAUUGUGCUCGGCCAGCGUGUCAACGAAGCUGUCGUUCAGGCAAAGCUAGUGCAACUGCUGCAGCAGAACGAAGUCGUGCGCUGUCGCGCCUACGAACUGGGCGUGUCCCUGGCCAAGAGCAGUGCCUCCGUCCUCAGCGCCGUUGAGUUUAUUCUGGAUGCAGCGCUCAGCGAGCUGGAUAACGAUGAUGUCCUGCUGCAGGCCAGCGUGAUGGAGGUCCUGGUGCCGUUGGCCGAACAGAAUCAUGGCCUCUCCUAUAUGGAGAGGCGUCGCGUCUUUGAUAUCAUAAGUACGCGUGUGCAGCGCAUUGAAGAGAAUCCGUUGGACGCACUACUUAUUCCCAGCAUCAUGAAGUUUUUCGGCAAGAUUGCUGCUGUGCAGCCGCAGAAGAUCAUCACCGGCUAUCCACACAUGCUGGCCUGCCUGUUCCAGCAGCUGCAGUCGGAGGACGAAAAUAUUCUGCCCACAGCCAUGGACACGUUGGCCAAUUUGGCUAGCACGCCGCAGGGAAAGGUGCUGCUGCACCUGCAUUUUAGCACAGCCAUGCUGGAGACAUUCAAGAAGUACGGCUCGUACACCAAAAAGCUAUCGGCGGCCCUUAAGGAGCGGCUGCUCAACUCGUUGGAUGUAAUUUACAGUGUGGAGAUAAAGCCCACAAAAGAGAUUGAUGGCAUCUUAAAAUCCUGGUUCGAAAGCUUUACUGGAGGAGCACAGGUCAAUAUCAUCAUGGAUCUGAUCAACACGCCAUUUCCUGACCUCCAAUUGGCCGCAUUGGCCCUGCUAAAGACCAUGUGCAGGCUGUACAGCUGGGCCAUUGUGGCUCUGAAAAACACCGGCGGAGCCAUUGAGUUUCUGCUCUCGCGGCAGAAGGAUCUGCACAGGGAGGUCAAGUUCCUCAAGUGGGAGAUCCUGGACAUGCUGGCCGUCAGCGCUGAGUUCACGCCCACCGAAACCGUGCGCUUCACGGCGUAUGUUAACGAGGGACCCUUCCACAUCCAGGCGGACCUUAAUAUCGCCACCGAACCGCAGGGCAACGCCUAGAUGCCCCUCAGAUUUCAAAUUGAAUGUACAGCGAUGGGUUCAACUAACAUCUGAAUAUGUAUUUAUAGAAUUACCAUAAGAUUUAACUAGUAGAUCACAUCUAACAAUGCCCCAUGGGCCAGGUCAGUUGAUGGGGAUGCAACAAAUAGUCAGAAAAUUCGUUGGACAAUUGUAAUAAGUUUUCCUUAAAAUCGUCGGGUAAAAUAUAUCAAAUUUUAAAUUAUAUCAACUUAAAUGAAGAAAAUUAAAUGUCUUCUCCUUGAGUUCGAAUUCCAA